AUGGGCCUGCAGGAUGCAGAUUCCUGGGUCCUGCACCUCCAUCUUGGUCUGGCAAAUUCAAUCCGUACAACUGUAAACUUAGUGCUGGCCUGUGGCACAUCACUCGACUGGCAUCGUCGACGGUCCACGCCCCCGCGGCCUCCGUCAGUCGGCACUGGCACUCCUAAGUCUGACAGGGUGUUCUCGCCGCAUGGCAUUCCCAGUUUGGGACAGGCGAACCACGAACUUGGUGACUGGCAGAGAGACAUGUUGGCUCCAUCGAGUCUAAUCGACUCCAUUCUUGUCACCCUCGGCACUGCUCAAAAGAAGGCAGAUGCGGCCAUGCAAGAGAUGCGCGAGAUCAUGCACAUUGAAACGCCAUGUGGCCGCGGAAUCGCGACCACGAACCGCAAGCUUUUGGACGGAUCAAUAUGA